AUGCCCAGGGCCGCUCAAUCCCAGCUAGCUCCGCCCAGUGCCAUCACGUCCACAAGGUGGCCUGACGAUCAAUCAUGGAGCCCGGACAAGCCCAGUCGAGCCAAUCCCCGAGAAAAAAGAAAAAAGAAAGGGCAGAAACCUUCCUCGUCCGAUGAUGAAGAGGAGACCUUGACGUUACCCGUCGCGGAGACGGCCCCGCCAGAUGUGAACAAUCCUGCCGCCCAUCUAUCAUACUUCGAGUUGCCCAACGCUCUGACGGAACACAGGCUUGCCGGUCCUGGCAUGGGAGGGCUCGGAUUGCCGGUCGGGGUGUUCACUGGGGACCCUUUCAGCUUCGCAGACGAAACCCUCGCCCAGAGACUGCAUUUCUACCGAGUCAUGUUUGUCAAUCUCACUAGCAAGAGCGGGAUCCGAUGGGAUGUCCGCACCGUCAACAUCUACGGAAGAGCUCCAAAGUCGGGCGGUCGAGACCGAAUCCCUGGCCCCAGCUGCUCAAGCAAGCAUGUCAGCUUCUUUCUAGAACAUACCGCUCUGCCGAAACUGAAAGGGAAACAAGUCACCGUCUACAUCUACACCUUGUUACGGUCCCAAUGGAACAUGGGAAUCGCCAUGAAUUUGCCGUCUCUGCGAUCGUGCCUUCAGGAAGAUUUUCGUCCCCUCCAGAGGGAAGUCAGAACCAUACGAAUGGAGAAUCCAAGGAACACUGUCUAUAUCCCGCGUGGACCCGUGAAGGCCCCAAAUGACGCCGCUAGAGUCCUGGCCGAUACUGCAAAAGCUGUUGCCAACACUACCAAGGCCCUUAGCCAAACAGCGAAGGUGCUUGAUGAGGCUGUGAAGGCACCAAUCGACCUGGCAAAUGCUCCUCAUGAUGUUACGACAGACCCUACCACACCAGCGUCUCCUGCGAACACGCAAACCCCUACUUCCAGCCAGCCGGAUCUUGGCUCUAUCGUACUGGCACCCAACUCCAGCAACUCAAAUUGUGGCACUGGGGCACCUAACCCCGGUCCCAGACAAUCGACAUCGGAUCUGCCAUCGCACGAGCAGCCUUCCCUGACUCUGAAAGGAAAGCGAAAGCACUCCGAGUCUGACUUGCUGGAUUUAUCGCCACCUUUCAAACAAUGCAAAUAG